AGGCAGGAGGUAGCUGGAGAGGGAGGGAUCAGAGGGCAGAAGCGUCAUGCUCAAAGAGUUACACAGAGGAGGGGGAGGGAUCACUACUCAAGUUGCUCUGUGAGUGUUCUAGCCUGAGAUUUGGUAGUACAGCUUCUCAGAAGGAACAGUCUGUCUCACACUUCCAGGGACUAGCAGAGAUCUCCUGUGAAGGGCAUGGAUCUUUAGCAGGAGAGGUGAAGGGAGCUGAGUCAGGAGUCUGGGGAGGAGACUGGAACAUAGGCACGACCGGCAGCAUGUGUUGCAGCAUGUUUGUGUCUUUGCCCGGCUGAACCAAAACACGCACACGUCUCAGCUUGCGCAUACGGAGAGUUCAGCGCAGGGGUGCUGCACUGUCAAACUGCAGUAGUCUCGUGCAAAUGUGUGUGUGUCUCUUUAGAGAAGGCUGCAGUCCACACUGACAAGGUGAGCGCACUGAAGGAGAAUUCUGCCACUGCAGAGAACGGAUCUGUCCACACUGAUUCAGUCAAAGCAGAGCCACAGGUGUCUGCUGACGAGGAAGAAAAGCAGCGAAGACAGGAAGAGGAGGAUAAAGACGAGCUAGAGUUUCCUCAUGAUCUGCUGCCCAGCAUAGACCUCGACCUCAGCACAGAGCUCAAUCUCACCUGGGGAACCUCGCUUGGUUUUGAGCAGGGGAGCUUGGAUGAAAUGAAGAAUGAGGCUGUGGCACUGGGUGGCACUGCCAACCCUCUGCUGGCAGGCCUAGAGCACUACAUGGAGGCCAGUCCACCAGUAGUGGGCCUCGUGAAGAGCUGUGAUGGUGACCAAGUUUCUCCUGACACCUCAUCGCUGGCCCAAGCCCACUUGUCUAGUGAAUCUCAGCAACAUGUUCCAUCCCUCAAUCCUUUGGCUGCCCAGAUGGAUUAUGAACUCCAGGAAGCUUUUAGGGAAUGUGAAGAUGAAAUGGCUGCUCUUGGCAUACCCUCCCAUGCAGACAGAUGGACUGCAGGUGAUCUGGACAGGUUUUUUUCUGUAAGUUAUGAGAAAAAUCAAACAGAGAAAGCUGAAGUCAAAAAUGGUUCAUCAUCACAUAAACCUGCCGAAUUUAGUGAAGGUUGCCAUGGAAAUGAUGGAGCACACACAAAUGACUUAACAGCGGGUGAAGAGGGGGUGUUUAGCUUCAGAGAUUAUGUUCUAGGAAGAAAGCAAAAUGAUACAUGUACAGUUGGAGCUGAGGAUGUCAAAAACAUUCAGGAUAUAACAGAAAACCACAGUGAAGAAGCAAGCCAGCUGUCAGAGGCAGAACAGCAAACAAAGUCAGAAGUAGAGACAAAAAUAGACACAGCUGAGAACAUAGCUGGUCAACAAAACAAAUAUACCAUAUGGACAGGUACGCAAACAACAUCAGAGAUUGAUGCGGCAAAGGAAACACUGACACAAGAUCAAUCAAUAGAAGAUAUCUGCUCUUUGAAAAACAAACUGGAGGAUGAGAGUUCAUCACAAGAUGAAGACCGAAUAGAUGUUAUAGCACAGACAACCCAGAGAGAAACAGGAGUAAUUCAAGAGACAAAUCCUUUGAAUGAAUAUAAAUGUUCUGCAAAAGCUGCACAGAUGAAUCAGAACUCGGAUGAAUUAAAAAUAGAGAUGCAUAGUCAGUUAAUUAGUGAUUUACUGGCGUGCCCAUCCUCACAUACGGAUAAACAUGCUGGUCACACGUUGCAUCUAGAAGCUAAAAUAAGCAUACAACCAAACAUACAGAAACAGGUGCAGUCAGGGACACAUCAGCGGGUAAAUGGAACGAUAGAAACAAACACAAAAGUGGGAUCAAGCCUUGACCAUCAAAGACAGGAAUUAGGACUCCCAGAACAGCUGAGUCCUGAGGGUAAACAAUUAAUCUGCUCCCCACCUCCAGAACCCGAAGCUCAUCUUUCCCUGGACUCUCCACAGGGGCCUGAGCAAAAUGAUAAGCAGGAUCAGACAGAUGGACCCUGCAAAUCAAUAUCAGAACUUGAAACCAUACACCACAAUCACUGUGCAACAGGGGAAGUCAGACAUGAAAAAAAUGUGUCUGCUGUUGUGAUUGAUUUCUGCCAAGCUACAUCAGCCUCUGAAUAUGAGCCCAUAGGGAAAUGUGACUUAGAGACAUAUCCACAGGAGCAGAAGAAUGGACUUCCUUUAGGCGAUGAAUCUGACGCACACGCACCACUGUGGGAGAAUUCACAUGCUUUGAGCCGUGUCGGUGCAGAAGAGGAGGAGGAAGAGAGUGCCCUUGAAGGGGCUUCAGCUGAGUCCACUGCCUCCACAUUGCUACAAACAACACCCACGAUGCCAGAAAUGAUAGAAAGCGAGGGAGAGAAGAAGAGAGGUGAUGCGUUCCAAAGUGCCGCAAUAAUAUUACAAGCAGCAGAGAGAGAAUCGGCAGUGCUGGAAGCGGAUGAGUCUCUCAGCUCAGAGGAAACAUUAAGUGAAUUUAUAGCUGAAAAGAGACAAGAAUGCACCUCAGUAAUUUUUCCAGACAUUAAGUGCUCACCUGUUCAGAAAGAGGAGGCGAAUGAGGAGAACUGUGGCAACUCGAAGGAGAGUAAGGGAAAGGGAGGGGGUCUGAUGAUCGCAUUCUCCCCAGCCGGAGACAAGGAUACAUGCACGGUCGGCACAGAGGACAAAGCUCUGGUCACCUAUUCCUCUUCAGGCGUCCUUGAAACAUGUGACUGGAAGGUGGAGAGUUCCCGAUCAAAGGAGAGAAAAGGAGAGAGUGAAGAGGAGGGGAAAAAGGCAAGCGAAGGCGGAGCACAGAACACAGCACAUGCCAGCAGGGUGUCACAGACAGAGGCAGCGACCGAGACGUGUCCAUCCCAUCGCAUCACAGCAUCACCAACGGCAACACAAGACCAGAGUGACCUCAUCCAUCCUGCCACAGCAGACACAGCCCCGUUUGCUCUGACCAUCAACAGAAUAAACGACUGCGACUCCAUCAGCCCAUCCCCUCCUCUUUCCCACAUAAACUCUACAAAGACAGAAGCGCAGAGAGAGGAAGAGGCUAAUCUGAAUCCGAGCCCAAGUGCAUCAGGAGCAGAACUGCCAGGCAGUGAUAGAUCACUUCCACCAGCAGUUUCUUCAGAAAACGAAUGUCUCACUGCGCAAGUCAACGAUCAACAGGUACUAAGCUCUUCACAGAUUAGAACCGCAAGCUGUGACACAUCCAUCAAGACACAGCAAGAAAAACAAGAAAUAACUUCUACAAGUGAAGACACAUCUCAAUCUGCUGAGCUACAAAUAAACAUGAGGGAUAUCGCCAAAGUGGAAGGGUCUCCAAAAGGUAUGCAGAGCUCUUUUGAGAACCAAAAUGAUACAACAUUGAAAUGUCAAAUGACUGAAUGUGCUUCUCUGCCCCCAUUGAUGGUAUUUGAAAGUCUACAUCAUCCAGUAAAAGAAGCUAGCUUCAACUUUAAAGGUUUUUUCAGCAUCAGUAAACCAGCACUUCCUCUUCAGACAGAACUGACCACUGGUCAGAGAAAUAAUAACCUGCAUGGAACAGAAAAAGAACCUACUGCCUCUGAAGAAGAAGGUAAAGAAGAAAAAAAUGGAAAGCAGAGAGAAAAAGUGGAAACAAUGUUUAAAGAGUCAAAGAAAAGCAGAGAAAUGAUUAGUACAUCUCAAACGCAGGCUGAUACUACUGUAAAACUUGGAGAAAAUGUUAAUGUAAAUAUGAGCAGCUGUGAAGACAAUGGAAAAGGGAUAGAUAAAACUCCUGAUGUCAGCAAGGGAAAUCCUGUUUCAUCACUGUCAGCUGCAGGUGAGACCACCUGUGUUACUGAAGCUAAGGAUGUGGUUAAAGAAACUCUAGAAGCAACUGAAGUAAGUGAAGAGAAGCAAGAAAAUAAAGAAUUUUUGAAUGUUACUCCGGUCAUUCCAGAUAACAGAGAUGAGUCAGCAUUCACUGAGAAGAACAGUGUUUUACUACCGGAUGUAUAUACACAAGAGGGUCAUAAUAGCAGCCCUGCUGUGGAUGGUGAACAGGCUAUGACUAUGUCUGAAGGAGCUGAACAAAGACAUACAGAAUUUACACUUAUUGCCAAGGAAAAGCCGAAUGAAGAAACUAAAUUUGGGUUGCCUGAACCUGGUGAUAUAGAACUAACAUGUCCAGGUAAUUCAGAGAAUCUUGUUAAUGACAGUCGAGAGCAUGAGUCAAAGUCAGAAAAAUACUCAUGUGAAGUUGAGUCAAAGGUAAAAACCAACUCCAUGUCUCCAGCAGCUGGCCCAGACAUAGACAGCAUGUACCCUUGUACACAACUAGACAAGAAAUCCAAUACCGAGCAGACUACUACAAUCUCAGAGUGUGACGACAUGCUGCCAUAUCAGACUGAAUCACAAUUCAGGAAUGAAAUGAUGAAAAAUGAUGCAGCCGGUGCUGGGGACACAACUGUCCCUUUUCUUCCUGCAGCGGAGACUAUAGUACCAGCACAAAAGGAUCUUUCCUCAACUACCACACAAAGCACUAACAGUGAUGCCAGGGAUGUGUCUAUCAUUGUACUAAAGGCUCCGGGCCCAAUGCUGAGUCACUGUGAGUCUGUUAAUGACUGUGAUAUCGUUGUAGCGGGACCUGGGAAGGAUUGCAGUGUGAACUGUGUUUGUGAUUCAGAGAUUGUUAAGAAUAUUACAGACAAAUCUAAUCAACAGCUGGAUGUGAAUGAAGAGAUGUUAAGAUCUCAAAAUGCAGAUGCAGGUUUGUCCCCACAGGAAAUUGCAGCAUCGUCUAGGAACCUUUUGAUUACAGCUGACAGACUAGAACAGGCAGGUGGUUCACCACUAGAGUUAAAGAACCCAGAUAUUGUUGGAAAUGCAAAGAUGAAAUCGAAUGAAGGAAAUGUGGGUGUUGGAGAAGUUAGAAAAGAGAAGAGUGAAGGACAUUUCAAUUCUGCAUAUGAAAAUAAUAUCUGCAAUGCACCUUCAAAUGCUACUACAGAAAAUGAUUUAAUUAAUAACGACAUGUCUGAAGAAUUCAAGCAUGCAAAAGGGGGAGUGGACAACAAGAAGCGUGUAAAGGAAGCUAAAGAAAAAUCCAAUGCAAAAAAUGAAACUAGUGCCUCUCAGGAAGAAGGGAAGGAACAAAAAAAUGGAAAGCAACGUGAAAGGAAGGGACAAGAAGGAAUGCGCAUUAGGGAGCAGAAGCAUAACAGAGAAGAGACAAAUUCCCCUGAAACAUCCUGUGUUGGUGAAAUACUUAAUUAUCAUCCUGCUUUAACAAUGCAACAAAGUCCUAAUGAUAAAAUCAAAUGUGAUUCACUCCUGACACACUUGGAAGAAAAUAUCGUUACACUGCUGACUGAGGAACCUGUUCAACAUGUAUCUGACAGUGUGAAAAUAAAUGACAGUAUAUCCAAAGGAUUAAGUCAGGUGAUGGGAGGAGAGCAAAACAGUGAGUUUGUACAAGAAAAUGAGGAACAAAAUGUAAAAUCCAUUGCAGAAAAGGACAGCAAAAAAAUAACAAACACCGCUCAAGAACAGAAUGAGAUUGCUGCAAAAGAAAAAUCUGAUCAAACACAUGGAGAAAAUCAUACAUUAAUAAAUCUCUCUAAACUAUCAGGAGAAAAAACAAUAUUAGAUGAAACCAUUCCAAGCAGAAAAUUACAGUCUAGCCCUAUGCUUGAUCCUGGUUUAACCUCUGAAGUGAUUAUAGAAGAAGCUCUGGGUUGUAAAAGGGCACUAACUGAAAAAUCUCAUCCGGUUGUUGAUCACACCCUGCCUGCAGUGCCUGCAGUGGUGAAUGCCUCUCCUGAGAGAGACCACACACAAGAUCCAAUGGGUCUGAGCCAGCCAGAUUUGGCAUUUUCACAAUCCAGAGAGCUCCAGCUGCAGCAGAACUUUAUGAGUGCCCCAGAAGCAAUGUUAAGUAUGAGUAAAAGCAAUGUUUUUGAAAAUGCUGAGACUACUAAUGAUGCAAAUGCUGAGGCAAGUGAAAAGCAAGAGAAGGUGGUGAUGUAUUGUAGUGCAGAGGCUCCAAGAUCCCUAAACAGCACAUCAGAGAGUGCUGCACUGGUGGGGGGCUAUAACAAAGAUGUUGCUGUGUUCAAUAUAUGUCCAGAGAAUGAAAAGAAGACAAUUCAAACAUUAUAUCAUAAAGGUGGGAAAUUUCCUGUUUGUGGUGAACGUACUUCAAGUGAAAUCCAAACUCAGUCAGCUCCCAACUUGUCUGUAACAGCAUCGUCAGCUUCUGAAACUUUAGAAGUCAACCGGGUUAUAGAGGCUACAGAGGCAAAAGAGCCUGCCACCUCAGCAUCACAAGAAAGUGUGAGUAAACAUGCAGAUUGUACCGAAUCACAGGUCAGCGUGAAUGGACAUGAGAAUGUGUGUGAUCAAAUCCUUCACACCAAGAACUCAGAAUUUCCUGUAAAUCACUCAAGUGCGUUCUCUGUGAUUCCCACCCUCUCACACCAUGAAACAGGACUUAAAACAGAAGAGAAAUGUUUAGACUCUGUUACCCCUGGAGACACUGGAAAGACUGAGAUCAGUUCUGAUUCAAUGAGUGAUGUUGCACAGAUGUCUACAGCAAAACCUUCCCAAAUUCAGCAAGAGAAAGAAUUUGUUUUUCAGUCCUCUGAUUGCCAGCUCUCCACCACCACAUCCUCUGCUUCUGUGCUCCAAAAAAGUAUUAAAGAGGAAAAUGAGAUAAGUGUGGAUCAGGCCCCUAAAGAUGCACUAGAACCUAACACUCCUAAUUCCACUCCCAAAUCUGAGACAGCAGCCUGGAGGAUGGAGCAGCUUAAUAAGCAUUUGUCAGAGCAAUUCCCAGACGGUACCCAAAACACAGAGGAGCAGAAUACACAGUGUUCUGAACAGCAAUUACAACAUGUAAGAACUUGUUUGGACACUGCAAACACAAUCAGUUCUAUGAAAGAAGAAGACACCAUUUCAAAUUAUGUACAACAGCGAGAAGGAAUUCAGGAAGAGAUAAGUAAACAGAUGGUGGAUAAAGAAAAGAACACAGCCAUUGAAAUGGAUUACAUAGAAGUGUUCAAAGGGUCUUCACAGUCUGUAAUUGAAGAAAGCAUCUUUAAAGAAAACCAAAGCAAGUUGGAGCAGGCUUUAUGUUCCCCUGAUCAAGCAAUAGUUAAUAAUUCAGACCAGCAAAUUAAAAAAGCCUCUAAUGUGACACUGUACCCUGAGACCUCUGUCUGCUUAGUGUCUGACCCCCAGGAUUCCCAGUCCCCUUCUGUAGACAAUCAACACUGUAGUCAGCAGCCCACUAAGUCUUUUAUCCAAAAUUUACGUGAAAAUGCCUCAAAGACAGUUGAAGGUAGCAGUGGACAGAGUGAAAUAGCACAUAGCUCUCCUGGAGACACAGAAUCCCUUCUAACCAAAAAAGCAAUAGAAAAAGAUGACAGGGAAGCUAUUAAAGAUAAAGUCAGUAAGGUGUCAACAGUUGCAGAUGUGUUGCUGGGUUCAGGCACAGGAACAGAGCAGGUAUCACAGGUUACCUACAGUUCAGACAGCCAAGUCCUAAGUGCAGCCUUUGUACCUGAGAGGUCAGAUGCAGUCAACUCCUCUGAAGGUUCUGAUUGGCUCAAAGCUUUGAAGGAGGCAGCCUCCAUGUCUCAGAUCAUUCCAGAGCACAGAGAUGAGACUGCCUGUGGAUCUACAGAAAACAGACCAUUUGAGACCCUCCGUUCACCUCAGACUGAUCUAGAAUUCUGCACCCCAUCUGAAGAAUAUUUUCCUCCUGCUCCUGAGGAGAGUUUUCUUCCAGCACCUGAGGAGAGUUUUCCUCCUGCUCCUGAAGAUAGUUUUCCUCCAGUACCUGAGGAGAGUUUUCUUUCAGCACCUGAGGAGAGUUUUCCUCCAGCACCUGAGGAGAGUUUUCCUCCAGCACCUGAGGAGAGUUUUCCUCCAGCACCUGAGGAGAAUUUUCCACCUGCUCCUGAGGAGAGUUUUCCACCUGCUCCUGAAGACAGUUUUCCUCCUGCUCCUGAGGAGAGUUUCCCUCCAGCACCCGAGGAGAGUUUUACCCCUAUUACUAAGCAGCCAGAAGAACCACCAGACUACAGGUCUCCUCUGGUAGAAGCUGCUGAGAGGAGUGAGCCUGUCCCCUCUCCCUUAUCACCCCUACCACAGCACGACACUGCUCCUUCCCUCCCUGCUCACCUGCUCCAGGACACAGUCGAGUUCCCCACCGCCCCCUACCCCUCCGGACAGAGCUCCCCCUGAGCCUGAGACCCUUCCUCCUG